AUGGGCCUGAGUGCUCGAUUUCCAAGCCUCGACGCGGAACCCCUACCGCCACCACCCAGCCCUGUUGGGUCUCCUGAAGGAGUAGCAGGGGCUGGCCCUUCGUCUCCAUCGUGGCCACCCCCUCCAGAAGAGGCAUACGGUCCACCAUAUAAGCCUGUGGAAGUAUACGAGUAUCUAUUGCGACGACAGGACUUCUACUGUCGUAUUGUCCAUCCCUUCACUACUAUCGAUUACACGGAUGUUAUGUACGAGAUGGUAUUGAAGGAUGAUGAGGUUAAGCUGUAUUACACUGCACUUACGAAGAGCGGUGGAAAUAAGUGA